AUGGCGCUGCGCCGCCGCUUCCUCCAUGCGACGGCCAUCUCUCUUCAGAGCACUAUCCGUGCGGAUGAUCGCUCGCCCACGGCGCGCGUCGAUCUUCUGGCGGCCUGCACGACGGGCCAAGAGCGCUUGCAGAUGGCGCAAAGCGUGCUCCAGACCACCACCGACGACGACGACGACGACCUCGGCGUCGUCUCGGACGUGCUCUUGCGGCUCUCGAUGGCGAGCGACGUUCCCCGCGCCAUGACGCUCGUGGAGCUCAUGCACGAGAACGAAGUGCUCGCGACGGCACCUGCGAUGCGCGUCUUCUCGCGCAGCUACUUUCGGCAGCACGCGAAUGACCUGCCGUCGGCGCUGCAGUGGUAUCUCGAGAACCACAAGGCGCUGCUGUCGCCGACUCAGGAGCUGCCCCUGCAAGACGUACUUGUGCACCUCGUGGCCCAAGGCCAAGCGGCGGCGGCCAUCCAGUUCUGGCUCCUCUGGUCCGAGACGCUCCUCGAAUUACCGAUCGACGCCAUCUCGGCGCUGCUCGGUGAGCUUGUGCGCUACGAGCAAUACGAAAGCAUUCUCGGUAUGCUCGCGACCAAGCACAAGGAGAGUCUGCAGCAGCUCCCGGCCUUUCACAUGGCGCACCUCGGAGCGCUCCGCCCGCUUGAGAAACUUGCCGCGCUCUGCACUCCACGCCGCUCGACGCCGUCCAAGUAG